AUGGAGCGCUUCCCAUUGAAGUCUUCUGGGUCUAAAAUGAAUACUACUUAUCAGUCUGUGUAUAAAAUGGGGACGAAUUCCAGUAAUGGGCGAGGGGUGCACUCUACAAGCGAAGAUGAUAUGGUGGACAUAACUCCAGUGGCCGCGCUACAGCAGGCUGGAGACAGCACCCCCACGCACCACGGCACAUUUCAACUCUAUGAACAUAGUGGCCGAAACUCAGCUGCCAGUGCCAAUUCAUACAUCGCUCAAUACUUCAGUUCUUCCACCGGCGACGCUAUUAUAUUCUCCGGAAUGCAAGGAGAUGAUGAUAUACCCGGAAUCGGGCAAUACGAUGAUUUUCACACUAUUGACUGGCAACGUGACAUCGCACGUGACCGCAUGCGCCACAGAUACAUUAUAAAAAAGCGACAGGACUCUAUAUGGGACUUGAUUAAAGGAGCACAUGAUGCGUGGUCUGGGUGGGUGUGUGUGCUUCUAGUUGGAGUAUGCACUGGUGUAGUCGCCGGUGUCAUAGACAUUGGAGCAUCAUGGAUGACUGAUCUCAAAUUUGGUAUCUGCCCACAAGCUUUCUGGUUCAAUAGAGAACAGUGCUGCUGGUCUAGCAAUGAGACCACUUUUGAUCAUGGAAAUUGUUCACAGUGGUUAACUUGGCCGCAAGUGUUUGGAGAAAAACGCGACGGGCCUGGCGCGUAUAUCAUUAGCUAUCUAUUCUACAUUGUUUGGGCACUGAUAUUUGCCGCACUAUCUGCAUCACUGGUUCGCAUGUUUGCUCCCUAUGCUUGUGGAUCAGGUAUCCCCGAAAUUAAGACGAUUCUGAGUGGAUUUAUCAUCAGAGGUUAUCUUGGAAAAUGGACUCUAAUCAUCAAAGUUGUGGGUUUGAUAUUGUCAGUGUCUUCUGGCCUGUCACUCGGCAAAGAAGGACCAAUGGUUCACAUCGCUAGUUGCUUAGGGAACAUUUUAUCCUAUCUUUUCCCGAAAUAUGGUCGCAAUGAGGCAAAGAAACGUGAGAUUCUCUCUGCAGCCGCAGCGGCUGGGGUCUCAGUGGCUUUCGGGGCUCCCAUUGGCGGUGUUCUAUUCAGUUUGGAGGAGGUGUCUUAUUACUUCCCACUGAAAACGCUAUGGCGUUCGUUCUUCUGCGCUCUGAUCGCGGCUUUCAUCCUGAGGUCGAUAAAUCCGUUCGGAAAUGAGCACUCGGUAUUAUUCUACGUUGAAUACAACAAGCCGUGGAUAUUUUUUGAACUUAUACCCUUCGUCGGUCUUGGAAUUAUUGGGGGCUGUAUAGCUACAAUAUUUAUAAAGGGCAACAUAUACUGGUGCCGGUACCGCAAGUACUCGAAACUGGGCCAGUAUCCCGUCACAGAAGUGCUUGUGGUGACCCUAGUGACUGCUAUCAUUGCUUACCCCAACCCGUAUACUCGCAUGAAUACGAGCCAAUUGAUUUAUCUCCUCUUCAAUCAGUGUGGAAUUUCCAACUCAGAUCCUCUAUGUGACUACAACCGCAAUUUCACUGACGUGAACAUGGCAAUCGAACGAGCCACUGCCGGUCCAGGCGUCUAUCGCGCCAUGUGGCUCCUGUUCUUAGCUUUGGUGCUGAAGCUCGUUAUGACGAUAUUCACUUUCGGCAUCAAGGUCCCUUGUGGACUCUUCAUCCCCAGUCUCGCUCUCGGAGCCAUCGCUGGCAGGAUCGUGGGCAUUGGUGUGGAGCAACUGGUAAAUCGUUAUCCGAAGAUUUGGCUCUUCUCGGGCGAGUGUCCUACGGGCGAAGAUUGUAUCACUCCAGGUCUCUACGCAAUGGUCGGCGCAGCCGCUGUGCUAGGAGGGGUCACUAGAAUGACAGUGUCCCUGGUGGUAAUAAUGUUCGAGCUGACCGGCGUCGUCCGCUUCAUCGUGCCGCUGAUGGCAGCCGCGAUGGCGUCGAAAUGGGUGGGCGACGCGCUGGGCCGACAGGGCAUUUACGACGCCCACAUUGCACUCAACGGCUAUCCCUUCUUGGAUAGCAAGGACGAGUUCCAGCACACCUCAUUAGCAGCUGACGUCAUGCAACCGAAACGCAACGAAACGCUGGCUGUCAUCACACAAGACUCCAUGACGGUGGACGACGUGGAAACGUUGCUGAAGGAUACCGAACACAACGGGUACCCUGUCGUAGUUUCCAAGGAGUCACAGUAUUUGGUUGGAUUCGUUCUGCGCAGGGACCUUAAUUUGGCCAUUCCAAAUGCUCGUCGCACCAUGGACGGAAUCACCGGUCAGUCCAUAGUGUACUUCGCGGGCGCCUCUAGCCCUCCCCCUGGACCGCCCACCCACCUACCGCUGAACCGCAUCCUAGACAUGGCACCCAUUACUGUCACAGACCAGACGCCCAUGGAGACCGUCGUGGACAUGUUCCGUAAACUUGGACUCAGGCAGACCCUCGUCACGCAUAAUGGCCGCUUGCUUGGAGUUAUAACGAAGAAAGAUGUCCUGCGACAUGUGAAGCAAAUGGAUAACGAAGACCCAAACUCAGUACUGUUCAAUUAAAAAUCAUAGCAUACAUAUUAUAUAAUUAUAAAUAGGUAAUUUAAACUGAACCUUUAUUAUACUUUAGUGAAAUUCAUAACAUUUAAACACAUAUAGACGUAAAUGUCACUUAUAUCCGCUUGUAAAUUUCUGAUUGUUUUCUGUUGCAAUUCCGGGUCUAUCGUACUGUUAUUUUUGUGGAAAAAAGGUUCCCUGUCUGUUAUCGACCUGGAGCAAG